AUGGAGUCCACAUUGCAGACAUUUCUAGAGGCAUAUCCUUUUCGACAUCCUGAGAACCCGUACGAACAGACGAGGGCCAUCUGGUCCAAACUGGUGGGUUGGGAAGGGGAGUCCGCCGCGGGUCCAUCCCCCUCGCUUUGCGUGCAACCCAUUCCCCUAGCGCUUCUUCAGAAGUGGAAGCGUUACUUUGCCUUCUGUUCUCGCGUCAUUUUCUAUGAAAUGGAUUGGAGGGACGUGUUUGUGUACAUGGGUGAUGUGCCAAAAGCAGCAACGCUCUCAGUGCCACGUGAUCAUGUAGGAUCUGACAGAAAAGCAGAGGUGGGAGUUGAUGCGGAUCGGGGAGAAGGCAAUGGGAAAAAACAGUUGGAAACGACGGCGGGUGCAUAUCAUCGCUCGACGACGGCUUUAAUUCAUACACUGGCGAAUGGUUGCGAAAGGCGUUUUGGAGCAUAUCCAUUGCGCUUUCAUUAUCAAUGGCUCGUGCGAUGGACCAAAAUGCUGGCGCAGUGCAUCGAAUGGCGCUUGUUGGAUAUAUCCAAGAGGGGUGGAUCUGUGCCGCUAGAGGAGCUGCAGCGGUAUCGUCUUGUUUUUGCUUCCAGGGCACGGGAACUUGUCGGUGCGGCUGCCUACAUACGCACCGUACUUGAACUUUUGGAAAUAGAGGAAGAAAAGGAACUCUGCAAUACAGAUAUUUCUUUAAAGGGUUUGCCCAGUCUCUCUCUUAGCCAAAAUUUUCCUUUGACCUUGACACUUUCCAUGAGGUUUACGCUUUCUCGCGCCACAUCUGUUUCUAUAGAGCAGUGUUUUUCUGCGCACUCAGCACGUGUUCUGGACUCGCUCUGGGCAGACGUUCUGUGCAUUCCAUGGGAUGUGUUGGACCCAAACAGUAUGCCUGAGAAGGUACGUAGAAAAUUGUUAGCCUCCUUGAAUAAUGCGGAAGGUGACACAGACGAAAUAUAUGUGUUGUGUGGAAAUGGCGGCUGCCGAAUGCGUUCCGCGACAUUGAAAUUUAUUUUAGAGAAUGAAACCCUGGAGAGGGCAGGAAUUGCAAAUAACCCCCUGUUAGGGAUUGUCAGGCUUACAACAGCGCCGCUUGAAUUUAUAGAGCCCCACCAGUUGCCUAAUGUGAAACAUUUGCUAGAAACGGUUGGAUAUGUCAUGCUAACAAAAAUUCGCUGUCACUUCGUAGAGAAGUGCUAUUACACGCUUCCUUUUUUAGCAGAUUUUGUGGCUGCAGGAGUGCUACUUAAAAAAGCAUUGGUUUCCUUCUCACGGGUCUCGGCAGACCCAACAUUAUCCAAAGCAGAGGAGUCCAAAGUGGUAUUGGGUAUGGGACUGACGCCAAUGCUGCUUCGAGGUCUCUUGGAAGCUACGGAAGAUUUUUACGCCAGUUGCGUGGAUAGCCUUCUACAUGAUUAUUCAAAAAGGGCAAUGAAGCACUUUGUGGAAUUUUGUGGUGGCAGCGCGACCGUCGUCGUGUCUCAGGUGACGCUGAAACUAUUGGAGGUUGUCGUGGAACCGACCCUAGAGGUGUUGUUUAUGCUACUGAGCCACGCUUCCUCUUCCAAGGAAGAGUGUAUUUUUAUUUAUUUUAUCGCCGACAUGCUUAAGUUUGUGCUGAAUGAAAAGAUGAGGGAAGCCAGAAGGGAAUGUAAGAUUGGCUCUCGUGUUUUGCUGCAGUGCCGUAUGGAUCUGUUAUUGCUGAUGAGCUACAUUGAUGAACAUCCCCUGAUGCGGCGUCGUGCCUCCUUAAUGUAA